AUGAGCGAUGGAGAUGAAGUUGCCUCUUCACUAUCCGGGGACGAUUUAUUAGAUACCCUCGACGACGACGGCCGCGAGACUGGAAAAAAGGAGCCAUCUUUGAAUGACCUCAUACGUGAAGAUGAGCGGCUAGUCAAUUCUCUCAAAGCAGAGCUAUCCAGGCGUGACGUGGAGCUCGAGAGCAUCGCUCAAGGUAUUCGAGCCAAGGAGGACGCGUUGCGAGAAAUGGAAGAGUCUGUAGAGGCCACAAAACAACUACAGACACUCUUCUUCAACUUUACAUCCAGCUUUCAUCACGUCGACCAACAUCUGUUGACUCGAAAUAUCCAUGGCGCCGACUCGGUUCGAGCAUUGGCCAAGAAGACGCUCGCUUCAACAAACUCGGCUCACAGGAAGAAUCUAGAAGCGUCGAAGGAUCUCAAGAUUCUCCUCAAUGCUGUCUCAACGUGGACGACCCAGGCGACCUCGGAACUGAGCCUUGCGCGAGCUACGCUGGCGACAAAAGAGGCGCACAAGCUUGCUCUCCUCAACCCAGCAUGGAGACUUCCAGACGAACUCUGGACAGUCAUCCUCCUAGAUGCGCUUUCGAGGACUGCUUGUAGCAGGGAUUAUCUCCAACACUUCAAAGAAGAAUGGAAGGACGCUACUGGUCUCGCCGAGCUCACGCUCUCUGGUGUCUGCUGCCGCUGGCGGGACCUACUACGCGCGACGCCCGAAGCGUGGAAUACAAUCUAUAUUCCAAAUAGAUCGACAGAGAAGGAUAUAGCGCGUAUACGUCACUACUACUCGCUCGCCAAUAAGCCACAUCUCCGUCUGUUAGUUCAGAUGGAGAACGACACCCGUCAAGAUCACACAAACCGACUAUUAACUCUGUUCAGGCACGAUGUCGUCUGCCGAUCUAUUGACAUUCUUACCUCACACGACGGAGUGGGACGUGUCGUUGACCUGCUUCACUUCUUCCCACCUCCACAUGAGCUGCGCCUCCUUGCAGAAAACGGGAGCUUGCCUCCCAACGUCAUCCUUCCAUUUGCGUUUGGAGUCUUUGUCAAAUCCCUCUAUCUGUGCCAUUGUCGUGCCACAUGGGCGAAAGAGAGCGUGGUCGAACUGGAAGAGUUGGGGACGCGCUCGACUGCUCCAAAUGCGGGACUUUCUCACUUUACACCAGGAAUGCUAAAGUCGUUGAAGAGGCUCGCCGUGUACUCGGCAUCAAGCGAACCGCAACCACUCCUCCAACAGCGCACUACGCUCUCAAAACUCGUCGAGGUUGCCUGUGGGUUUCAAUUCCUUCUCACAUCACUCGCUAAGGAGUAUAAACUACCUGCUCUGAAGAGGUUGAUCAUCCCAUUAGCAUCCGAGUAUACGCUCGAGGACUGGGAACUGUUCCGACACGAGGUAGAGCAAACCUCUAGGAUUCAAGAGCUGGUCCUCUGCUCCAUGUACGACGGAUAUCCACGAUUACUCUCGACCCUCAUCUCGCUUCAAGACUUGCGCUCGUUGCAACUCGAGGGCUCGACGGUGGAUGGAAUUCUUAUGGGGUGGCAGGAAGCGUGGAGAAACUCAAAAGGUGCCCGAGGAGCGUUCCCGCCACUCAUGGACCUGAUCGUCGAGGAUUAUACUGGAGAUGGGGAGAAGAGUCUUUUGGUGUUUGUCGACUGGCACUACCAGGCCGACGACGAAACGACGACGGACAACGUACAACUACGCACGAUGAGCGGCGCGGGCUCAGGGCCAAAAUCUGGUCCAAGUCGAUCAGAAUAUGCACCUUUAAUCGACUCGGACGCGGGUGGAUAUCACAGAAACUCGGCUGAGAGCCCGCGACGCGCGACACACGGCUCGUCACUUCCAACGUCGCCCCAGAGGAGCGCCUCGCGCCGGUUUUCUAUACCUAGACGGAGUCUAUCACGCGCGAGGACCGCAAAUGGAGAAGUUUUGGAGCUGCAUUUUGCGAGCGUGGAUCAGAAACGGAGAAAGUGGUGGAAGGACGCUGCUAUCACCGGGCUAUUUAUCGCUUCAUGGUUUUUAUUCGCUACUAUCCUAUCCGUGUACAACAAGUGGAUGUUCUCACCCAAAUACCUUGGCUUUCCUUUUCCUCUCUUCGUCACGACACUUCAUAUGGUCGUCCAGGCCAUUCUUGCUGCCAUUGUUCGAUGGCUUUGGCCCGCGCGUUUCAAACCGGAAUACAAUCCCAGCAAGAAGGACUAUGCGACAAAAGCCGUUCCCACAGCCGCUGCCACCGCGCUCGACAUUGGUCUCUCGAAUUUCAGCUUGAAGCUAAUCACCCUCUCGUUUUACACCAUGUGUAAAUCUAGUUCGCUCAUCUUUGUCCUCUUCUUCGCCUUUCUUCUCAAAAUCGAAAAACCGUCUCUGCGACUCAUCUUUGUCAUUGCGCUCAUCACUGGGGGUGUGCUAAUGAUGGUGUUUACGACAACAACGUUUUCUGGUCUUGGGCUGUUCCUUGUCCUUUCCGCGUCCUUCCUUGGUGGUUUACGAUGGAGUCUGACCCAGUUACUCCUGAAGAAGAAGGAAAUGGGCAUGAACAAUCCAGCGGCUACAAUCUUUUGGCUUGCACCAAGCAUGGCGAUCACACUGUCCAUCGUCUCAAUGGUAGUCGAAGGAUGGAUCAAUGUCUGGAAGAGCGACUUUUGGGACCGUGUAGGCAUCUUGCCCAGUCUCUUCUACCUCCUCAGCCCGGGCAGCGUGGCAUUUGCCAUGGUCCUCAGCGAGUACUACAUCAUCUCCCGAGCUGGCGUCGUCCCAAUGUCCAUCGCGGGCAUCUUCAAAGAAGUGACAACGAUCACCAUUUCCGCUUGGGUAUUCGGGGAUCAUCUUACCGAACUGAACAUUAUUGGCGUUGUCAUCACUAUUGGCGGCAUUGCGCUAUAUACCUACCACAAGUACACUGCGGCGUUACACUCUGUCGUUCCGCUUGACGAGCACGGUAAUCCCCUCCAAGAAGAGGAAGCGGAAGAAGUUCUAUCCAUCGUCCAUCGUGUCAAUACGUUGGACAAUGAAGAAGGAUUAAGACUUCUCGAAGAUGGUGGCGACUUUGAGAUACCCAUCAAUGACGACCCAGAGGACGUUGCCAAGGCGCAGCUAGAGGAGGCAGCUGAAGGAGGGCACGGAGACCAUGAGCUGGGCAACGGGUCAUCCAAAGCCUUUAGCGCGAUAGCGGCCAACGAUGAACGACCUCUUUUCACUAUCGCUGACCAGGAUGACUUUGAGAGUAAUGGAAGAGUCAUACUGGGCACCGCAGAGGAAGGAAGUAGAGAAGUGGGCGGGGUCGGGAAUCGCAUCGACUCUGGACGAUAG